CUUUUUUGUAGUACUCGAAUUAAGUAGAAAAUGCAGAUAUUCUCUCAACAAACUUUUACACUUCACUUUAUUACAAUAUGAAAAGAGCGUACAAUGAAUGUAAACAAUCGGUUCUAGAAUAUUUACCGAAAUGUGGAACGUCUGUUAACUUAUAUUGUCCAGAGGAAAUGUCAAUAAGUCAGUUAGUUGAAAUCUUUGAACGUCGUGGAUUUCAAUCUUUGAUAUCAGACAAGGAUACAUUAGAACACCUUGUCAAUUUGUAUUAUGAUUAUAUUAUACCAAAAUCUAUUAGAAAAGAAACAAUUUAUCCAUUGAAUGAAACAGAUUAUAUCAAUAAUAAUUCAUUAUACAAAAAUAUUAACCAUGGAAACAAUAAAAAUAUUCAUAAUAGUGUAGAUAAGUUAGACAAACUAGACAUAAUAGAAGAAUCCAGUUCAAAGAUAGUCAAUCAUUCACAUUUACAAGAAUAUACAGAACAAACAAUCAAACAUAUACAUAUUGAUAAAAUGAAAAAUAAUAAUUUACAAAUAGAAGAUAAGCAUAAACCUUCAACAAGAAAACGUCAAAAAAUAAAUCGUGAUUUUAAAAGACUUAUUGAAUAA